CAACGGAUUGUGCACGGGACCCGUAUUAUGUAAGUCUAUGGGUGGACCUUCGUGUGGAAUGGGGGACGUUUAAAUUGUCAAUAUUCAUCCAGAAUGUCUGAAGGGACAGUUAUGGCACAAUCCCUGUACUUUACCUUUGUUUUGUCGUGUUUGAUAUGUGGAUCAUAUGGUCUCGUUUCAUCUGGCAAUGGCACAACUACAGUGAGGUCUGUGGAUUAUAAUGCAACUACAACUGUUACUCCGACUGAGAGACGAGAUUCUACAACUAAACCAAGUACUACCCAGAGCAAUAAAAGCACCAACGCACCAGCGGUAAGGUUGACAUCCACAACGACUUCAAAGGUACUGACAACUACUACUAGACCACCGAAAACGACCACCGCCGCUAACUAUAGUUUCAACACAGAAGACCUAAAUGAGGGAAUCGACAAGAAAGUGGAAAAAAGAGUAUGGAACAAAGAACCUGAGGAUGAACCACUCGAAUUUGAGUGCCCUCCGCUGGGGCUGGAGUCUCUGAGGGUGAAGGACCCACAGCUGCGGGCCUCGUCCUACAAGCGCCGGGGACUUGGACCUCACCGCGGUCGACUCAAUAUCCAGUCGGGUAUCGAGGACGGGGACAUCUAUGACGGGGCCUGGUGCGCCCAGUAUGAGGAUAAGAAACAGUGGCUGGAGGUGGAUGCCCGGCGCCCCACGCGCUUCACCGGGGUCAUCCUGCAGGGACGCAGCUCAAUCUGGAGUUGGGACUUCAUACUCACCUACAAGGUCCAGUUCAGUAAUGACACUCUGGUCUGGCAGCCAGCUAUGAAUGGGACUAAAGAGGCAGUAUUUGAGGGGAACCAGGAUACUGAAACUCCAGUGUUGGCCCUAUUUAAUGAGUCGGCCACAGUGGCGCGCUACAUCCGUAUCAAUCCACAGAGCUGGUACGAGAACGGAACUAUCUGUCUGAGAGCUGAGGUUCUGGGCUGUACCCUACCAGAUCCUAACAACAUCUACGCUUGGCAGCAGACAGAGCAAGGCACCAAAGACAAGCUGGACUUCAGACACCACAACUACAAGGAGAUGAGGAAACUCAUGAAAUCAGUGACCGAGGCCUGCCCUGACAUCACACACAUCUACAGCAUUGGGAAAAGUCACAUGGGUCUCAAGAUGUACGUCAUGGAGAUCUCCGACCACCCUGGAAAGCAUGAGCUGGGCGAGCCAGAGUUCCGCUAUGUGGCUGGCAUGCAUGGGAAUGAAGCCCUGGGCCGGGAGCUGCUGCUCAACCUGAUGCAGUAUAUCUGUCAGGAGUACAAACUGGGAAACCAACGCAUCGUCCGGCUGGUCAAGGAGACACGCAUCCACUUGCUGCCAUCCAUGAACCCCGAUGGUUAUGAAAUGGCCUUCAAGAAGGGUUCCGAGUUGGCGGGGUGGGCGCUCGGUCGCUAUAGCUACCAGGGCAUCGACAUGAACCACAACUUUGCUGACCUGAACAAAGUCAUGUGGGAUGCUAUUGAAUUUGACUUCCAAAAUAAUGAUAAGUCCAAACUCAUCAACCACUACAUCCCCAUACCAGAGUACUAUACCUCAGAGGACGCCUUUGUGGCCUUAGAGACGCGUGCUGUCAUUAACUGGAUGCAGAACAUCCCGUUCGUAUUAAGUGCCAACCUCCACGGGGGUGAACUGGUGGUCACCUACCCCUUCGACAGGACUGAAGACUGGGCACCUCACGAUGACACCCCUACACCGGACAAUAGUUUCUUCCGCUGGCUGGCCACGGUCUAUGCCAGCACCAACCAGGUCAUGUCAAAUCCAGACCGCCGGCCUUGUCACAAUGAAAACUUCCAACGCUACAACAACAUCAUCAAUGGAGCCAACUGGCACACGGUCCAAGGAAGCAUGAAUGAUUUCAGCUAUCUACACACCAACUGCUUCGAUGUGACAGUGGAGUUGUCCUGUGAUAAGUUCCCCCAUGCCAGUGAGCUGCCCAUCGAGUGGGAGAACAACAAAGAGUCUUUACUGAUCUACAUGGAGCAGGUCCACAGAGGACUCAAGGGUGUGAUCAGAGACAAAGACACAGAGGCUGGCAUUGCAGAUGCCAUAAUCAAAGUGGAUGACAUCGACCACCAUAUUAGAUCAGUUGCUGACGGGGACUAUUGGCGCCUGCUAAACCCGGGCGAGUACGAGGUCACGGUGAGUGCCGAGGGCUACAACCCAUCCACACGUAUGUGCCGUGUGAUGUACGAGCAUUACCCCACCAUAUGUGACUUCCGCCUCACCAAGACCCCCAAACAGAGGCUGAAGGAGAUCCUGGCCAAGGGAGGCAAGCUCCCCAAAGACCUGCAGCUGAGGCUACGACAGCUGCGUCUGAGGAAACUGAGGGCCAGCACCAAGGCCAUCAACAGUAGGCGUGCGGCUGCUAGCAGGAAGGCACGGGGGUCGUGAUGUCUUUGGUGAACCAAUCACAACACACUUUUUCUGGAGGGUUGUUGUAUUUAAUUGGCUCGUGAGGGAAGUUCCUGGUUUAACACAGCUUUGAAGUCUGUACACCAUGUGGGCAGUUCUGUAAGGCUAGCCUACUGGGAUACAAAAUAAAAUGUUAAUGUAAAAUGCAUUGUACUUCCAGUAUGGUUUAGUGAUAUAUUUUUGAAGAAAGGGCCAGAUUGUAUUUAGAUAUUUGAAUGAAAUUAGAGCAAAUAAUUGCAAGGUGAUUUUGAAUUAAAAUACCCUUUCAAACUUGUAUAACAGGAAAAAAUAUUAUUUUUUCUUGAAGAACCUAGUUUAGUUACAACAACAAACCAAGUGGAAUGAUGCUGUUCAAAUCCACCGUUGGGUAGAUAUACCACUAUUCAAGUAAAAUUCAUGCCACAAAUUACAGACCAAACUCAAGCUGAGACUAAAAUGACUCAUGCAUCAUGUCAUAGAGACAAGAGCUCUGCUGUUACAGUCUGGAACUGAUGAGAGUUCUACAUGAGAUAUUUUAAAUCUAUUCAAAUGAAAUGUUAUGAUUUCUAAUGUUUGUCUUUCUUUGGUUCAUUUUUGUACUACCAAAAUGAAAUGCUGGCAUUUGGAUGUCCUUGCAAGCCAAGAGACAAUGUUAUGAAUGGAUCACAAAUAAAGCUUUACUUAUAAACACCAA